GGAGGCUCGGCUUAAUGGAGCCGGGCGGCAGGUAAGCCCGGGACACGGAGCAACUCCUUGGCGAAUAGCUAAGUGAAAUGUCUCAGCAGCAACUCAACGAUAAAGCGAAACGAGGGGCUCCGGCCGAAGCAUUGCGGAGGAGCAACACUUGCUCUAUGCCACUUCCCUCACCACUAUCCAGAGAGCUAAACAACUCUUCCAUGUGAGUCUACACAUAUCCGAACGUUGAAGAAAAAUAACCUUCAAAAUUCUUGCAUAGAAGUAAAAGAGUUGUUUUAAACAACAAAAUUUCCAAACAUUACAAUGGAAGAGGUUGCAGUGAAAGUUGCUGUGAGGAUUCGGCCUCUCCUUCCAAAGGAGAUCCUUCACAACCAUCAAGUUUGUGUUCGAGUUGUUCCAAACACACAACAGGUUGUAAUUGGGAAAGAUCGUGCUUUUACAUUUGAUCUUGUAUUUGGUCAAAAAUCAUCACAAGAAGAUGUAUACUCAGCUUGUGUAAAGCCUUUAGUGACAUCAGCAAUCGAAGGUUACAAUGCCACUGUAUUUGCUUAUGGACAAACAGGAUCUGGAAAAACAUACACCAUUGGAGGUGGACAUGUGGCUUCAAUUUCUGAUGAGUUGAAAGGGAUUAUUCCACGUACUAUUAAUGAGAUCUUCCAAAAUAUUGCGGAAAAACAUAAUAAUGACUUCAAUGUGAAAGUAUCCUACAUAGAAGUGUAUAAAGAAGAGCUUCGGGACCUUUUAGAGAUACAGAGCACCAACAAAGACAUUCAUAUUCGAGAAGAUGAAAAAGGAAACACAGUAAUCAUUGGCGCCAAGGAGUGUGAAAUUGAGACACCAGAUGAAAUGAUAAGCCUUUUGGAGGCUGGAAAUGCAGCCCGACACACAGGUACCACCCAGAUGAAUGAACAUUCCAGCCGAUCACAUGCCAUUUUCACAAUGUACCUCAACCAAAAACGGCCUAAAAAUGAAUCAGAAUCAAAUAAACAUAAUGACAGACUUAUAGAAGAAUCACAGAUAUCAUUUCAGUUGAUCUCUUCCAAAUUUUGCUUUGUUGAUCUUGCUGGUUCUGAAAGAGUUACAAAAACAGGGAACACUGGUGAACGAUUUAAAGAAUCAAUUCAAAUAAACAGUGGUCUCUUGGCACUUGGAAAUGUGAUCAGUGCCCUCGGAGACCCAAAGAGAAAAAGUAUACACAUUCCAUAUAGAGAUACUAAGAUAACGCGUUUGCUUAAAGACUCACUUGGAGGGAAUGCCAAAACUGCAAUGAUUGCCUGCAUUAGCCCUUCUUCAUCCUCCUUUGAUGAAUCCCUUAACACUCUGAAGUAUGCUAACAGAGCCAGAGACAUAAGAAACAAACCUAUUGUAAAUUAUGACCCGGACUGGGAUCGCAUAGAUGAAAUGGAACUAGAAAUUAAAACACUUAGGGAAGCACUACAGAAUCAACGGACAAGUCUACUCAUACAGGCCAACCAGUCAUCACAAGACUUGUUAAGUCAAGACAAAAAACGGAUCCAUUCUUUGGAAGAGCAGGUGGCCCACCUACAAGAGGAAAGCUAUCAUUAUAAACAUUGCAUAGAUGAAGCCUCAUACUUGCUGUCAGAAGUUAGAGAUACAAACAAUUUGAAAACAAACCAACAACAAAAAAUGAAGGAGUGGUUCAACCUGGUAGAGGAACUGCAAAAUAAAUUGACUGACACAAGUGGUAUCGAGGGUGUUGUUGGAAGUGGAGGACAAGAUUCUCAUCAUAUUACAAUAUUUCAAUUGAAAAGGGAGUUGAAGAAAUGCCAGGAUAGUUUGGCUACAGAUGAAGAGUUAUUCAGUCAAAAAGCUAUGGAGAUGAAGGAAUUGCAGGGGCAAAUACUUGCAUUAGAGCAGGAAAAAGUGGAACUUUUGGAAAUUUUAACAGAAUCGCAUGAAAGAUGCCGCGUUCAGAAUGAUAAAAUGGUUGAACAACAGCUUAUUAUUGAUCAACUCCAGAAAGAAUUACAGGUCCUUAAAUCUGACAAGUUUUCACAUCAUAGCAGCUAUUCAAAUGAAACAUCUUUAGCUGUGACUGCAGCAAGAAGACCUCAUACUGUGCCAUUAUCAAAUAUUCAUAUGAAGUCUUUCAGUAUAAUGCAGUCUCAUCAAACUGAAUCGAUUGCGCGCUCCAGAAAGGUGCACACAAGCCCAACUUCGUAUGCUCUUGAAAGGGUGAUGGCAGAGUUUCGAACACGCACUCAGAAGUUAAUGGAGAAAUUUGAAGAGCAGGAUGAGGUCCUCCACCAUAAAUUACCUGUUGAUAAUGGCAAUAAGGAAGAAAAGAAGAAAGAAAAUGCUAAUGCACAACACUCCAGACAUUCAAUAAAUCAUACUUGGACUCAGAAGCAAGCCUGUAUGAUGAGUGACACAAAGUCAUUUAAAAAAGACUUCCAUGUGACCAGUCUAGGACAAGAUGACAAUGGAACUGACUUUGAGUCACAGAAAGUCUCACAAAAGAAUUCCUCCUCUGAGACUGAGCGCUUGCGUCAAAGUCAGGUAUUAAACAUGAAGAAAUUGAAGUCUGUAGACAUGGAUGUGGCUCAUUCUAAGCAGAAAAUAAGAGAGCUUGCUAUCAACAUUCGCAUGAAGGAAGAGCUCAUCAAAGAACUGGUUAAAACAGGUCAAGAUGCUCAGGCUGUGAACCGACAGUAUUACCAAAAGAUUACUCAGUUAGAAAAAGAUGCAGAGCAGGCUAAGACUGAGCUGACUGAAGCUCAGAAACAACUGCAGGAACUGGAGAACAAAGAGCUCAGGGAUGUUGCAGAAAAAGUAAAAUUGCAAAAGGAAUUCCGCAAGAAGAUGGAUUCUGCCAAAGUUAAAGUUCAGACCUUGCAGAAGAAACAGCAAGAAACAAAGAAGCUGUUUUCUAUGUCAGCACAGAGUGAGAAACGAUUGGUCCAAUUGAGCCAGAAUGUGGACAAUAUGAAACAACAACAACUACUACUCCAGAAAAAAUUACAAGAAGAGAGUGAAAAAAAACGAAAACUGGAAAAUGAGAUUCAAAAAGAUCAACAACGAAUCAAAGAGCUGGAAUUAAAGCGUGAGCAUCAGCAGAAAAUUCUGAAAAGAAAAACUGAGGAAAUUACUCAUCUGAAGAAAAUGAACUACUCACCUGUUAUUUCACAGGAGCAGCAGAGAAUUGAUGAGCAACGUAAAUGGUUGGAUGAAGAGGUGGAAAAGGUUCUGCACCAAAGACAAGCUCUAGCUGAGCUGGAAGAGGAUUUGAAAAAAAGGGAAGUUAUUGUUGAGAAAAAGGAGACCCUAUUGCAGGAGAAAAGCCAAUUGGAAAUCAAGAAGUUGCGUUCCAGCCAGGCUCUGAACAAAGAUAUUUUGAACUUAUCCACUCGUUUAAAAACAAUAGAAAAAGAAUUAUCAGACAAGAGCACUCAACUUCAAACUAGUACCUUGGAAGAAAGUAAAAUAAUCUCAGAAGAGAUACAACUGCUUCAACAGGAACGAACUCAGCUUCUAAAAAGAAGGCAAUGUUUGGAUGAGAAGCUAGAGCUAGGAAAUGUUCUGUCACCUGAGGAAGAGCGAAUGCUACUCCAAUUAGAGGAAGGUAUUGAAGCUCUGGAUGCUGCUAUAGAAUACAAAAAUGAAACAAUUCACAGUCGCCAGCAUUCAUUGAAAACCUCGGACAGUAGCCUUGCCCAGAAUGAGGAGACUGUGAUGUUUAGAUUGGGUGCUUUAUCAGCUGCUGAGACAAGAGUUCUUCUCUGCAGAUAUUUUAAUAAGGUGAUUAGCCUGCGUGAAGUUGAACGUAACUUGCAGGUUCAAUGUGCAGAGAUGUCUGAGAAAGUAACUGAACAUGAGAAUAUGGUACAUGAAUUAGAAUCUGCACUGGAGCGUCUAUCAAUGGAGAUAGACCGACGAUUGACAAUGCAACAGAAGGAGCAUGAACAGAAAAUGCAAUUGUUGUUUCAGUAUUUUAAAGAGAAAAGUGGUGAAGGCUUUGCAGAUGGUAUUAAAGGAUAUGAAUCAAAGAUCCAAGAGCUGGAGAAGGACCUGUACUUUUAUAAAAAAACAAGCAGAGAACUGAAAAAGAAAUUGCGUGAAUUGGCUGAAUCACAGAAUCAGAAAGUGGCAGCAUCACGAAGCAAUGGUACUGGUGAUGCUACAUUAAAUCCAAUAGGUGAUAUUUGCACAAAGGAUCAAAAGUGGGCCUUGAGACCAUCUAAAAGUAUUGAUGAAUAUAAUAGUACUCUUACAAUAUCUGGAGCAAACAGAAACCAAAACUUGUGGGAAGAAAUUUCAGAAACCAUUCAAGGCUCUACAAGAAAGACUUCUGAAGAAGAAGAUUCCCUUGGUUUAGAAGUAAUAGAUGAUGCUCAACAAUCAAAAUGCUCAUCCAAAUCUACUCAAAUUUUUGAAAAGCCUUCACAUAUCAUUACUCCUGUCAGAUUAUCUCGCAAGGAAUUGAGGCAGAUUACUACAACACAAGUGUCCAUGAGGCGUUCAAGUUUCAGUAGCAGUGCAAACUCUGUCCCAAUAGACUCUAUUGAGAUAACCAGAAAAUCCCUGGACUUAAAUACAUAGCAAAGUAUUUUCUAAUUAUAUACCUUGCACUGUUUUUGUUUUGGUGUGGCUCAAACUAAUAAUUUGGUGAGCAACAUAUAUCUUAUUCCAAUUUUCAUAUGAUAGGAGUCAGAAUUGAAAUAGGAUAACUAGCACAGUCAAAAAUACUUUAUGCAGUAAGGUUUCUGUGUUUUCAGCAAAUAGAAGCUGAAAAUUACUGUACGAUAGUUAUCUGCACAUUCAACAAAGAGUGUACUGACAGAAGACUAAUUGAUGUUAUGUGGAGCAAGACCACAUGGUGGGAAUAAAAGAAUGACAAUGCUCUAUUUAAUGGGCUAACUGAAAAAUCCUAUUCUGAAAAACUGAAACAAACUUAAUAACUCUUAAAAUCCAACUUUUCACCAUUGUUGGAAAACAGAAUCUGAACUUACUUGGGUUAAAUUUAAUCAGCUGUUCACAACCGGUAGCUGAAUUAAUGCACUUAUUUGGAUAGUGAACAUCACUUUUCAGUCGGUUUCUUCUUUCAAGAUGAGUUUUGAAAUUAAUACCACAGGCAACAAAAUGACUUGUAAUAUCGUUUUCAACAAAAUUUAUGUAAGAAUUAGAAAGUUUUAUACUUAGUAAUUGUAUUAUCCUAACUCAACUUGUAGUAUGCUUCCAGGUGGUAAAAUAAUGUUCAGCUGCUGUGCUUGUGAUUCAAGCCUCAUUCCAGCAGUCCCCUCUAUAAAGCAGCCACUAAUGCUGUACUGCUUAUUGUUGAUCCAAUAAGACGUUAAAAUAAAGACUCAUCUGUUUGUUCAGGUGGAGAUAAAAGAUCCCAUGCCACUAUUUAUUGAAGGUUAGCAGUAUUCUCCUGUUAUGUUGGCCAUUUUCCUUCUCUUCCUCUAUAAACAGCACCAAAAAUUAUUUGACAGGCCAUAUAUCUUGUUCUGGUGUAAAUUGCUUUUGUAUUUACUUGCUUGACUGAUUACAUUUCAAAAUGAAUUCAUUGACUGUGAAGGCUUUAAAUAAUGUUAGCUGAAAGAGAUCAUAUAACUGUAUUUUCUUUAUUUUCUUUCAUUUGGUUCUCUCUCCAUUUCUGGUGUAGCCAAAAUAAAGUGAAAGGAACAAUAUAUAACAUAUAACAAUCACAGCACGGAAACAGGCCAUCUUGGCCCUCCUAGUCCGUGCCGAACCCUUAAUCUCACCUAGUCCCACCUACCCGCACUCAGCCCAUAACCCUCCACUCCUUUCCUGUCCAUAUACCUAUCCAAUUUUACCUUAAAUGACACAACUGAACUGGCCUCUACUACUUCUACAGGAAGCUCAUUCCACACAGCUAUCACUCUUUGAGUAAAGAAAUACCCCCUCGUGUUUCCCUUAAACUUCUGCCCCCUAACUCUCAAAUCAUGUCCUCUAGUUUGAAUCUCCCCUACUCUCAAUGGAAACAGCCUGUUCACGUCAACUCUAUCUAUCCCUCUCAAAAUUUUAAAUACCUCGAUCAAAUCCCCCCUCAACCUUCUACGCUCCAAUGAAUAGAGACCUAACUUGUUCAACCUUUCUCUGUAACUUAAUUGCUGAAACCCAGGUACCAUCCUAGUAAAUCGUCUCUGCACUCUCUCUAAUUUAUUGAUAUCUUUCCUAUAAUUCAGUGACCAGAACUGCACACAAUAUUCCAAAUUUGGCCUUACCAAAGCCUUGUACAACUUAUGUUGGGAUUAGUAAAUACUUUCAUGUAUGUAUGAAUUCACGCCAAACAAGUGAAAUUAUAUUAUGCUCUCUACUAGCGUGUUAGGGACCUUCAUGGAAUAAGCUUUGGUAAAUAAUUUCAGCUUCACUUAGCCAAAAUCUUAAGCAUUUUGGUCUUAAAUUGCUGUUUACUUAGAAAACCUGUAGCAGCAGAAAAUGCUGAUAUGAGUUUAGGAUUGAAGCAGAUUGUUGAAGCAACCUGCAUUUGUGGUACAGUACCAUAUCUGACCCUGGGAAUGCUUGAAAGUGUCAUUGGAAAACAUUCUAUUUAAUGCUAAUUUUUUUUGUAAAUUGUGGAACUUUCAUUUUGCUAACAAAUAAAGUUUCUUAGGUCAGCAAGUGUCCACAACCAAUUAGGAGUGGUGUUAUUUCCCAGGUGUACAGUGAAUAUAAUAUUCAUUAUGUUUCAAAUGGAGCACACAUUUAGACUUUAUUGUGUCACAGUCAGUUAUUCAGUAUUCUGAAUAUUUUGUUCACUUUUGUAUUUUAACAAGUGUCUUAGUGUAUCAUUUUAAUAGUUGGUUAAAUAUUUUUGAUUGUGCCUGUUAAUUUUAUUUUAAUAAAGCUUUUUGUAUUUCUAUAG